AUAACCUUGCAACAAUCAAUCGGUUUUAUAUUCAUAUUUUAAAAUGCGCCCAACAAAUAUACUUUACGCCCAGCAUAUAGGUUGGCAUUUUAAAAAACACUGGCAAGUACAGGGAAAAAGAGUGCAUAGAGAAACAGGUGCUAUUGCCGAGCUCUUGCGAUACAAUCUUGACAUAAAGUCUGCUAAGAAAGUAGUAAACCCAAGUCCUGCAAGACAAGAUGUGCAUAUUAUAGGACCUGUCGUGGAAACCGUCGUUGAGAACGAUUCACAUCAAAAGUGGCAUAACGAAACUUGUCGCAAUUAUAGUGAUUCUAAUGUUCUUCUUGGUGGGCUGGCGCAGGCCCAGGUUCUCACUAAUACCAUUGAAAUAAGAAGAUUUCCUCGGCAGAUUGAAAAUGCCAUUGAAAACCAACAAAUCCCUUCCGCUGUGGAUCGAAGAAUUAGGAAUGCCAUUUUAGAUUCACAUGUAUUUCAUGCGCUUCAAACGAAACUGCCAAAGACAAAGCUGGUUGACCGACCAGCAUUUAAUAUUCCGCGUACAUAUGGAAUUGCGAGCGAAAGGUGCAACCGACUUUUGGUAAACAAACUGUUGUUUGAAAUAGAAAAACUAGCUGGUCAAUCAGUGACAUCACGUCGAAGGCUUUUAGAUAAUGUCACUUUAAAUACAUCGCUGACUAGAAAAAAGGAUUUGGUCAAUUUCGCAAUUACAACUGACAAGAUGAUAACCUCAAUAAGCCCCUUGGGAGCAAUAUCUGAUAAAGUCGAGGGAACGAUACCCGAUCUGUUUCCAAUGGAAUCGACAAUAUCUAUUCCAAAAAAACAUAUUUACACUGGAGAAAACUAUUAUUCACUUCGGACGGAGAUAACCAGCACCCAUCCUCAGACGGUUAUUACAUAUUGUAAAAAAGGUGCAACCAAUUUGCACAGAUCUGUCCUAACACCAUCCCAAUUUGAGAGCCGCACUAUGCUGACCGCAUUUGCUGCUGCUAUUUCGCGCGCAAAGCAUUUGUAUGGAAUUACAACAGGGACACUUCAAACGCCAGUUGUUGUACAGUCCGUUCAAACGGAUGGCCGUACCUUUCAUUUUGGGAUUUUCCAAUUAAACACUUUUGAUAUAAGCUCGAACGUCCAAAAUUAUUGGUUCCAUAGAAACUGUUUUGACUUGUUUUUGGAAUGCGGUAUGAAAGCUGGAAGACCUUACCUGGAGGGUUACAACCGUGAAAUAUUUUGUAUAUUGAACUCUUUUUAUCAUAACAUUUAAAGUAUUAUAACAUUAAAUUUAAAUAAAUUUUGAAGUGAGCCCUUAAAAACAUA